AUGUGUGUCCGUUCGUCCGUGAAUAACGAGACCGGAAUCGAGCCGAUCGCGCCUACCUCGAGCGCAAAGCGAACGCAGGCCGACCGAUUGACACGCAUCAAAGAGAAGUACAUCAGGCUGCAUGAUGAGAUGCUCGACCGGGAGAAGCAGGAGCUGCUGCGCCAACAGCAGCAGGAACGAGCGGUGCUCCACGUGUCGGGUCUGGCCGACAACGUCUUGGCCAUCAGCACGAUCCACUACAGCCUGUUGCUGCAGGAGCUGGCCAAGUACUACGAGGUCGUGCGCCGCACCAAGGCGUUCAAGAUCUUGUUUUAUACGACGCAACCUGCUCACGUAAUCAUGAUCGCCGCAGUUUUGUUCGUUACGUCGUUUCUCGUUCCGACGAAGGAAAGGGUGCAAGUCUCCUCCGACUAUUCUCAUUCAAGAACAACAUCCUUCAUUUACCUCGCAUCUUUCGUUAUGCACUUUGGUGCCCAAAUCUGGAUGACUUUCGUAUCAGGUUUGUCUUUAUACUUCGCCUUACCACGACAUACAUUCGGCGAGGUGCAGCGCGUCCUGUUCCCGAGAUAUUUUACGAUCAACGCGUGUCUAAGUCUCACUACACUCCUCAUAUUCGUCAAGCAUCAUCCGCCGCACACCUGGGACACGGAGAUCGCUAUUCAGGUUGGCGGUAUGUCAGGUGCUUUUUUCUUGGAACUGCUGAUACGACUCUACCUGACACCACCGCUUCUGCGGCUGAUCGUGCUAAAAAAUAAUUUGGAACGCACGGCAGGCGUCGGGAACGAAAUCGGCCGUCACAAUACCGGCCCGUUGAAACACUGUCCGCACUAUCUGAACAUUCACCAUACCUUCCGUCGUGUGCAUGUAUACAUCGCCGUAGGUAAUAUGCUCACUAUGGCGUGCACGGUGCUUCAUCUGCAUUAUAUAGCGAGCAAAUUGUGCGUUCUGUAAGAAAACAGUCUAUGAUCUAUCGGUAUACAUCGUGAAGCCAUCCUCCCUCGAAAUACUCGUUCGCUUCGGGAACAGUUUUCGAAGUAUACGUAGACAUAGUUUACGUAAUAAUUUCCAAGAAAUGCAUGUCUCGUACGAUGAUACAAUAUUGAUAAACGAAUGCCAGAAGUCCGAAUGUGCCGGAACGCUCCCCGCGGUACGACAUGAGAAAUAUUGAUAAUCUCUCCUGCCAUUAUAUAUAUAUAUAUAUAUA